GCACGUCUUCAGAGAGGAAACCUGCUUCUGAAACAAGGAAAACUGGACGAAGCAGAGAGCGACUUCAAGAAAGUGCUCAAGUCCAACCCCAGCGACAAAGAGGAGAGAGARGCCCAGAGUCAGCUGGCAAAGUCUGAUGAGCUUCAGCGGCUGGUGGCUCAAGCUCAUCGCAGCUUCAACAGCAAGGACUACAUGACGGCUGCUGCUCAGCUCGAAACCAUCAUCGAGACAUGUGUUUGGGACGUGACCUCUCGUGAGAUGAGAGCAGAGUGCUUCAUUCAGAUGGGCGAGAUGGGGAAGGCCGUCAGCGACCUGAAAGCYGCGUCCAAAUUAAAGAACGACAACACGCAGGCCUUCUACAAGCUCAGCACCAUCUACUAUCAUCUCGGAGACCACGAGAUGUCACUCAACGARGUGCGCGAGUGUCUGAAGCUGGAUCCUGACCACAAACAGUGUUUCAGCCAUUACAAGCAGGUCAAGAAGCUCAACAAGCAGAUCCAGGCUGCAGAGGAACUCAUCCAGGAGAAGAGGUACGACGAAGCGGUGAAGAAGUACGAGGCGGUGAUGAAGACCGAGCCCAACGUGCCCCAGUUCCUCCUCCUCGCCAAGGAGCGCAUCUGCCACGCACUCACACAGGACCAGCAGGCGAGCAGAGCUGUCUCGGUGUGCAGUGAAGUCCUCCAGUCGGACCCGGAGAACGUGAACGUGCUGAAGGACCGGGCCGAGGCGUACGUCCAAGACGAACUAUAUGAAGAAGCCAUUAGAGACUAUGAGAGCGCCGCAAAACACAGCGAGAAUGACCAUCAGAUCAAAGAAGGCCUGGAGAAAGCUCAGCGACUCCUCAAACAGUCACAGAAGAGGGAUUAUUAUAAGAUCCUGGGAGUAAAGAGAACUGCUCAGAAAAAGGAGAUUAUCAAAGCCUACAGGAAACUGGCCCAACAGUGGCACCCGGACAACUUCCAGGAUCCGGAAGAGAAAAAGAAAGCAGAGAAGAAGUUUAUAGACAUCGCUCAGGCUAAAGAGGUCCUUACUGAUCCAGAAAUGAGAACCAAAUUUGAUCACGGAGAAGAUCCAAUGGAUCCAGAGAGCCAGCAGGGUCACCACCAUCAGCACUUUCACAGCGGCUUCCAGGGCUUCCAGGGUUUCAACCCGUUUGGCUCUGGGCCCUUCAACUUCAAGUUCAACUUCAACUGAGAAGAGCUGUAAUCCAGCAGAACUGGAGCAGAAUUUUAUUAUCCUCUCUAUUGAAAAGGGAGAUCACUGGCAUUUAUGUCAGUUCAUAAUGAGGAAAUGGUGACUUUAAUUCGCUGACUUUCAUUUUCAGCUGGGACAGAGGGGGGCGGACAAACCUCUGCCUUGAGAAGCAGCGGAUCAGUUGGUUAAUUCUGACGUUUAAUUUGGUUCCAUAUUUCACCAAAUACUCACAUCUGUUCACAAGAUAAAAACUGUUCAAGCCACAUAACUGUUUUUAUAUGAAUGGAUUUUUUGAACUGUAAAUAAAAAGCUAUUUAUGUA